UGAGAACUCGGACUUGACUAAAAGGGAUGAACAAAAACUUGCACAGGCUCGCGUGUGCUUUGAGGCAUACCUGUAGAACUUGGACGCGCGAUGUUCGUCGGAAAACUUUUAAGCCGACGAGCGUCGAGAGGCACUACGGCUCGGCGCUGUUCGUUCCCGGCAACAAGGCUUCCAAAACCUUCGCGUUCCUGUAUCCGUACUUGGAUUUCGAUCGCAGAUUCGCCGAUGCAGACAAAUUGCAAAAAGAGCUUACGUUACGCGGAAUGAACGUGGACGUUGCUCAGUUGCAGAAAUCGUGGAACUUCUAUGUGCGGAUAAUUGCGGACAAGUACGCGCUGGAGGACAGCGUUACGGAGCUCGUGAAUCGGAAGAAUUCUCUGCCGACGGACGGCGAACUCACCGUCGAGCAGCAACGGGAGAUGCAGAAGUUGAACACGCAGAUCCAGAUCGUACGACAGGAUCUGAAAACGAUAAAAGAAGCGAUAUGGGAGAUCGAGGAGGAUGUGAUGGGGAAGCUUUUGAAAUUGCCGACCGACCUGGAUCCGAGAACGCCUGUCGGCGAGUCGGUGGUGUUGAGGAGCGUCGGCGACGUGUCCGAGUUAUCCGAGCAGAUGCGCAGAGAUCACAUCGACGUUGGAACGAGUCUAAAAUUGCUGGACUACACGAAUCCUAUUCAUUAUUAUCUGUGCGACGACGCGGCGUUGUUCGAGCUGGCUGUACUGGGACACGCGGGCCGCGUUUUCGGCGAGAAGGAUAUGAUCCGGGUGAGCGGCACGGAUUUCAGUCGCAGUUUUGUGGUCGAGGCCGCGGGUUUGAAUCACGAGGAUCCCGCGACCGCUUUUCUGCUGCAUCACAACGAGGUCGAGGCGAACACGUCGAAUCGCAUGCAUCUGGUCGGCGGCGCGAGUCUCAUCUCGUUUCUGGCGUUACACACGAAGCAACGGAUAAAUCCGAAGUACUUCCCGCUCAAGUACUUCGCCACCGGGAGACGAUACACGCCGUUGCCGCGAGACUCGUCCGAUCAAGGCCUCUUCGCGGUGUGUCAGGCGUCCGUGGCGCAGGUUUUUGCCAUGGUGAAGGACGCGACGAGCGACGAGUACAGAGCGACGUUCGAAGAACUCGUGGAGACCGUGUGCGGACUGUACGACGAUCUGUGCGUUCAUUAUCGCGUAAUCAUGCGAUCCGCGUCCGAGCUGCAGCCCUGGGAAGGCCUGCGCGUGUCCUUCGAGAUGUGGUCGCCGUACGCGAAACGAUACUACGAAAUCGGCCAUCUGUCCGCGAGCGGCGACUACUUCAGCAAGAGGUUGCUGAUCGUCUAUCAAACGCCUACGGGCACCGACUUUCCCGCGGCAAUAUCCGGCACCGUUCUCUCGGUUCCGCGUCUGUUGGCUUGUCUGUUCGAACAGAAUCCUCGCGAGUUCGUGAUUCCGCCGAAAAUAGCCGAGCUUAUGCCUUCGAACUGAUUACGUUGCGCUAAAUCAUUAUAGUACUGAUGAAAAUACAGUUUCCAAAUGUUGAUCAUCUUCAAAUUGUUUCACGAACUUUCCUAGCAAAUUGUAAAAUCUAAAGCUUGUAGUGAAAUAUAUGGUUUUGUAUAUA